AUGUUUGGACGGAGAGUCCUGUACCUGCCUGGCUUCUUCUCCUAUGGUAAGAGAGGUCUUAUUAUAUCUUAUCUUAUUAUUUCACAGGAAAUUAUUACUUGAUAAGAGAUUUUUUUUUUAGCACAGCACAUUGUGAAGGUGGACGGAAAGAGAGGACUCUUCCGCGGCCUCUCUCCUCGUAUCGUAUAGAAUAGGGAAUAACUGCACAUGUUGUAGUCUAUCAGGUUAUAUGUCAAUAUGAAUCAAAUGUGAAGAUCGGGCAGUAUUUGAAAGAAUUGAAGAGAUUUUUGCAAAUGAGAGUCUUAUAAAUUAACUUGUAUGCUGUGCGUGAGGCCUUGUGUGAGAUUAUAUGUAGCAAUUAAGAGUGACAGGCGUUUGUUUGAAGCACUAAAGAUGAUAUCACAAUGUUGUGAAAGGUGUCAGAGUUAUUAACUGUUUUUCUUCUCAGCAGGUGGAGCGUCUGUCCAAGAUAGACAAUGUGCAGAAUUCACUCAGGAAGGUGUUUCAAGAGGUGAGAUGUCAGCUGCUGUUGAAUCUGUGGGAUUAACCAGAUUUCUCUAUUCAUGCAAUCAAAUGAAAAUGGUAUAUUAUAGAUAUAUAGACGGUCUCAUCCUAUUUUAUGCUUAGUUGCACUUUUGAAUUCAGACAGUCCAUAAAGUGGACGUUGUUGCUCAUGAUGUGGAUUAAAGAGAUAAAACAUUAUGUCUGCAGACACUCUGCCAUCCUGUUGCGUGAAUCACUUGCCAAAGGAAGGCAAGUGAACAGCAAGUGAUUCACACAACAGGAUGGCCCAGCCAGGCUACCAGCAGACCACUGCAUAGAAAAGUGCAGAUGCUACCACAGAGUCAUAGAAAGUCCUGAGCAGAGUCCUGCACACUCCAAAGGACCUCAGUCUCCUCAGCAGGUGGAGACGACUUUGGCCCUUCUUGUACAGGACGUCUGUGUUGGUUGACCAGUCCAGUUUAUUGGACUGGACAUCCAGGAAUCUGUAGGACUCCACUAUCUCGAUGUCCAGACCCUGGAUGUUCACUGGAACAGUCUGAGGUGUCCUCCUCCUGCAGAAAUCCACGACCAUCUCCCUUGUGUUACUGGUGUUUAGCUGGAGGUGGUUUGUGCCACACCAGUUGACAAAGUCAGUGAAGACAGUCCUGUAUUCCUGCUCAUCCCCUGACGAUACACAUCCGACGAUGGCUGUGUCAUCAGAGAACUUCUGGAGGUGACAGCUCUCAGAGUUGUAGCUGAAGUCCGAGGUGUACAGGGUGAAGAGGAAGGGAGAGAGCACUGUCCCCUGUGGAGCCCCGUGCUGCAGACCACCAUGUCCGACACACAGUUCUGAAGCCUCACAAACUGUGGUCUGUCGGUGAGGUAGUCCACAGUCCAUGCAGCUAGGUGACAGUCCACUCCCGCCCUCUGGAGCUUCCCCCCUGAGCAGUGAAGGCUGGAAGUGAAGGCUGGAUGGUGUUGAAUGUAUAUCUCAUUAUUGACCUUUGAGCCCACAGUUAUGACUCAAUAUUUAGGUUUUUCAUUCAUGGAGGCCAAAUCUUUGUUUUCUAGCUGGUGAAAAUGGGCCUCCUUAUGUACCAGCCCUGUGCAGUCAGAGUGACAUUUCCAGCGUCUGCUCAGAGUUCGAGGUUGAUCUCCAUGUAAAAACAGUCAAAGAGGACAGAGGACAGGUAAGUGCAGAGUAAUUCAUUGUCAAAUAGCAGAAAACAAACAUCAGCCACAUGCUACAAAGAGAACAGUGGUUUAAAUAAUGUACACCUCCACAACCUGUCAGUUAAAAUCUUGAGAUUAGAAUUGCUUUAUCCAACUAACAUUACUAGUUCUUACUUUCUUAAAGUUGAAAAACUCUAAGUGUUGUAUCAGUUAACCCACUUAUUAGUUUCUUUACCUUGCAGCAGCCUUGUAUGGUCAGCAGGGGGAGAAACAGGCCAGGAAACUGCGCCUGUAGCUCAGCACUGAAGAGAGAUACCUGCUGGCGAGGGGAAAACUGAAUCUCCACAUCACAUGAGCCACCUUUUGCUGUCAGCACCAGCUCUACUGUGGGACUGAAUGAGAGAUCCUGGGAGAGAAUUUGGAGAUUAAGAGAUGAUCAUAAAAUCACAUAAUGUGCUGCUAGUCAAAAUGUCCUGCUGAGCUCAAUGACUUCAGACCAGUGGCCCUCACUUCACACACCAUGAAAACCCUGGAGCAGCUGAUUCUAUGCCUUCUGAGGUCUGAGGUCAAAGACAAACUGGACUCCCUGCAGUUUGCAUACAAAG